AUGUCGUUCUUCAACAAGCUCACGAGCAGGCUGGACGACCUGAACCUCGGCGGCGACAAGAGAGAGGAGUCACAGGCCUCAUCACAAAGAGGCUACCCGCCACCUUCUCAGCAAUACGGAGGCGGUUACCAAGAGCAGAGCCAUCAAUCUUACAGCAGUCCUCCGCCGCCUCAGCCAUCUGGAGGCUACGGGGGCCAGCAGUACAGCAGCCCUCCGCCAGCCGCCUCGGGCGGACCCCUAUACUCUCCGCCGUCGGACAAGCCGCCUAUCCCCCGGGGAUGGGUACCUCAGUUUGACCAGCAGUACCAGCGCUGGUACUACUACGAAGAAUCCACAGGUCAUUCCCAUUGGGAGGCGCCCGCAUCUAGUUACGGCACCAGUGGCGGCGACCGCGGAUGGGGCUCUCAAGGCGGCGACGCUGGCUACUCCUCGCACGAUGCAGGCUAUGGAGGAGGACAGGGCGGCUAUGACCAGCGCUCGAGUGGAGGCUACGCCGACUACGCAGAAGGCGGCCAGGAGAGGAAGAAGAAGGACCACAGCGGCAUGAUGUAUGCGGCCGGUGGUCUUGCCGUUGGCGCGGUCGGCGGUGCCUUGCUGGCAGAUGCUCUGGAUGACUCCGACGAGGAGCGCCACCAAGCACCUCCGCCCGUACAGUACAAAGAGUAUGGCGCCCCAGCCGCUGCUCCCGUGUACGAGCCAGAGUACAACGCGGAAGGCGAAUACGUCAGCGGGAGUGACCGCGGGUCCGUCGCAUCGGCACGAGAGGACUACGAAGAGGCGGCUGCCGCAGCUGCCGACUCUGAUGCCAGCAGUAGUGAGCAGGAGGAUCUGCAGGAGGCUAGAGAGGAGUACGAGGAGGAGUACGAGGAGGCUUAUGAGGACUAG